AUGGCUCACACCGGAGCUAGUGAAUUCAUAUCCGGAAGUAGCGUGACUGCUACAGAGAUUCGCGACAUUCGCGAACGGGAAAAGAGAGAAAUGCGAGGUCUCAAUGACAGAUUGGCGGCAUACAUUGAACAAGUUCGAUUCCUUGAAGCUCAAAAUCGUAAGCUCAGCCAUGAUCUGGAAAGAUUGACAAAAGGCAAGCACGCUCCAGGAAUCCGUAUGAUGUACGAGAAGGAAAUUUCGCAAUCUCAAUCCAUUAUCGCCGACGCCAAGAAGGAUUACGCUAAUCUAGAGAAAGAAGUGCGUGGCCUUACUGCCGACCUCACAGAUAUACGAUCUAGAUACGACGCUGCCGUGAAAGCCCGUAAUUUGGGUGAUGAGGACGAUCUCAUUGUUAAGCUGUGUGAUCUUCAGGCUCAGAUUUGCAUGACUAAACGUCGUAAUGCCGUUAUUGAAGAGGAAUGCAAACGUAUUCGUAGCGAGAAUCUCAAGCUGAACUCUGACCUUGCUUCUCAGCGCCAGGCCACAUCGAAAUUCCGAAGCGAAAUGGAAUCGUGGUACAGUAAGCAGGUGAUUGAGAUUCGCACUGGUGCCCGUCAUGCAGCUGACGCUGCGAGCAUCAAGGAGAAGGUGAAGACCCUCCGUACUGAACUCACUGAAAUGCGAACCAAGCUGGCCAAUUUGGAAGGACGUGUAAGUGCAUCAAAUUUAAUUGAAGCUCAUCCAAGACCUUACUAUCAAAUCGAGGAUGAGAAUCGUGUCUCGAUGGCCCACCUCAGCGAGAAAGAUGAUGAGAUCCGAGCCGUUCGAGAGCAAUGUCAAGCCAUUACCGUUGAACUUGAAAAACUCAUUGUUGAAAAAGUUAAUCUCGAUGCCGAGAUUAGCAAGUACCGUCAAUUAUUGGAAGGAGAAGAGAACAGAACACAUGGGCGAGUCAUCUCUACAGCUAGUCAUUCAUUUGAGCCUACAACACAGACUAAUGUGCAUGUUCGUUCGAGUGCCAUGCGUCACGUGUCCGGUACAAGCCGUUUCGAUAGCCAGCGAUCUGCCCAAGGAAAUGUUUCCAUCUCUGAAGUGGCAUCUAAUGGAUCAUUUGUCACCAUCGAAAACACGUCCGUAUCUCAUGACGAAAUGAUUGGGGAUUGGGAGCUUCGCAGCACGGGUUCUAAUCGUGUUGUAAAAUUCACGUUCCCGAAAGAUUUCAGGUUGACUCCGAAAUCGAAAGUAACGAUUUACGCCCGCGGCAGAGGAAUUCAUGCGCCACCCCAUUCAUUGGUACUCGAAACUGAAGAAUCUUUCGCUACCGGUGGUGAUGUACGCACCUGUCUUUACAAUGAGCAGAAUCAGGUAUGA